UCGCGGCGGCAAAUGAACCAAACAGAAAGCAACUCUCGUACCGAGCGGACGUCUCAGGUCGUCGCAAAAGGGUCGUCCUGCAAAGCGUGCACCCGUCAGUAGUCUGUAGGAUCAUUCGUACGCCUAGCUGCGAAACGUAACCGCGGCAAUCAACGUGUGCAAACGUGUGUGUGUUUUUGUGAGUGAAUAAGAGACAAAGCGAACAUGUAUUAAAACUUUACAAAACAAGCGCCAUAAAUAGUGUUGUUAUAGUGUGAAGUGUUGGAGAUAUUAAAAAAGUUUAUGUUUUGUUCAGUGCUGGUAAUUCGUAAUAGUGUGCGAAGUGUGCAGUUCAACUGAACCAAUUCCCCAUCGAACUUACGCCCAUUUUACGCAGAUACACCGUGGAAUGCAAAGGCGUUCGAUCGAACGGGUGAAAAGCUUUCACACCGCGUUGUAACGCACGAGCUAACGGGCCCGUUGUGCAGUGCAGUGUAUGUGUGAGUGUUUGCAUAUUGCGGCGCGAGUGUAUGCGGUACGCUGCUAUGUACGUGUGCAACCGUGGUCGGUGCCGGCUUUUCGUUGCCAUUUUCGUAUCCUUGCUGGUUCGCCUGCUGUGACGGCGAGGGUGAGUGAGUGAGCAAGAAAGCAAGAAAAAAAAAGAUAAAUAGCAGUGAACGAAGCUUUAACAGGUUGCAGUUGCAUUGCAGAGCGAGUGUGUGUGUGUGUGAUUGCUUUUUUCGUUGCUUAAUUCUUCACCGUGGUUCGUGUUGCGCUGCUUUUUGCACAAGCAAAAGGAUAAAGAAAACGGAACGAAGCGCAAGUAAUAACGCUUCAAAGCAAGGAAACGCAUCUUCCCUUUUGCACGCUCACGGAUCAAAGGAAACAACGUGUCUGUGGGGCAUCCUUUCGUUGGUGUUGUUGUUGUGAGUGUACUAUGUGUUUGUAUGUAAGCGUGUGUAAGUGUGUGUAUGUAUCUAAUCGCGUUUCGUGUGUGGGAUAGUGUUUUUCUUCCGCAAUAAGUGCGCAGCACUGUGCGCCCGGAUAUAUGCAACAAAUUUAACGCCGCAACCAAACGUACAACAAGUGUGUGUGUGUGUAUGAAAGAAAAGCAUUCCUUCUCGUAACCUUUACCUGCCACUUUAUCUUUACAUCUCGUACGGCGAGAGCUGCGAAUGGAAAAAAUGCUUCCCAAAGCACACAAGAUGGUGAAUUCAUUCGUGUCGGUAGUGAUUAUCCUUGGAUUAGCAGUGGUACCGUUCUGCCAUUCCACUGCCCUGAACGGUGCAGUGUCUGGGGGCGUGCCGAGCAGUAGUAGCAGCAGCAGCAGCAGUAGCAUUAAUAAAGCGUCCAACGUGAACUUACCAACGCGUCCGACCGAUAGUGCGCUACCGGGCGGCGUCCUUACCGGCGUCCUUCCCGACGCCGACAGCGAACGGUUCGAUGCGCUCACGCUCGAGGAUCAGGUGCGGCUGCUGUCGAAGCAGCUGAAUGCGCUCACCUACCAGCGCCGCGAGGACUACAAGAUGCUCGAGAACGGCCUGAAAAAGUACGUGCGCAAGAACGCGGCCGAAAUUACGGACGCCCAGAUACGCGAGGAGCUGGAUCAGCUGAGAGCCGACGUUAAUCAGCUCCGAGAGACAAACUCCCCGAGCAAGGAGCGACUCACCGUGCAGUGGCUCUCGCAAUCGAUAGCCGAGAUCCGGUCCGAGCUGGCCGAGCUGCAGGGUUCGUUCGGCGGCGGCUCCAAGGAUGCCCAGUUCCGCAACCAGCUGCUGGAGGAUCUGAGCACGCUGCGGGCCGACUUCGGUACGGCCAAGCUGGAGCUGGAGUCGCUCCGCUCGCGCCAGGAAAAGACGGAAGUGCUCGUGCGGGAGCUGCAGGAGGAGGCGGUCCAGAGUGCGGACGAUAUCAGGCGCAGUCUCAACAUGCGACACGAGAAGGACGCGUUCAAGUCGGAUUCGCACGAGAAAUCGAUCCUGCCCCACACGAUCGAUUUCGUCGAGCCGGAGGCGGACCACCGCAUGCGGCACCAGCGCUUCAUCCGCCAGCAGCUGCACGAGCUCGAGGUGAAGCAGAGCGUGCUGAAGCGCCAGCUGAGUGAGCUGCACGGCCACCGGCUGGCGGACCGGCUGCGCAGCGUCGAGAUCGAGCAGCGCCGUCUGGCGGGCGCUAACUUCAACGUCAGCCGACAGAUCGCCGGGCUGGACAAGCUGCACGGCUCGAUGCUGGAGCUGCUCGAGGACGUGGAAGCGAUGCAGGGCAAGUUCGAGAAGACGGUACCGGACAUGCGGCGCGAAAUCGCCAAGGUAGAGUUCAGCGUGGCGCAGGCCGCCUCCGAGCAGGGGCUGGUGCGGGAGGAGGUGCACAACGCGGCUAAAAGCAUCCAGGCGAUGGCGGUCAGCGUGAGCGCGCUGCAGGAGGAGCGCGACACGGUCAAGCGGCUGCAGGGCGAGGUGCACGAGCUGAAGGACGAGCUGGCCCGGAUCCGGUCCGCGGCCGUGCUGCACCGCGAGAUGGCACACAACCGGCUGGAGAAGCUGGAGGCCGGCUCGAAGUCCGAUUACAACGGUAGCAGCGUGCCGCACCGCCCACUAACCGAGCUGGAGCGGACGACCAAGCUGGUGCAGCAGCUCGAGUCGGUCGAGCACGAGUACGAGUCGAUCAUCAACAGACUGCCGCGCGACUGCAGCCAGAUCGAGCGGAUGCGAACGGCCGGCACGGCCAACCAGCCCGGCGACGGUGGCCUCUACCUAAUAGCACCCGCCGAACAGCACCACCCGCUAAUGACGCAGUGCUUCGGCGAGUGGACGACGGUGCAGCGGCGCCAGGACGGUACGGUCGACUUUAACCGCUCCUGGGAGGAGUACGCCCAAGGGUUCGGCACACCGGCCGGCGAGUUCUGGAUCGGCAACCAGGCGCUGCACCACCUGACGCAGGACAACUGUUCCCGGCUGCGCAUCGUCAUGCAGGACAUCUACGACAACACCUGGUUCGCCGAUUACGGCAGCUUCCGGAUCGAUUCGCGGGACGGGGGCUUCCGGCUGGACCUGGGCGGGUACAGUGGCAACGCGUCGGACGCGUUCGAGUACCAAAAUCACAUGCAGUUCUCGGCGAUAGACGUCGACCGGGACAUCUCGAACACGCACUGCGCCGGCAACUACGAGGGUGGCUGGUGGUUCUCGCACUGUCAGCACGCGAACCUGAACGGCCGCUACAACCUGGGGCUGACCUGGUUCGAUGCGUCCCGUAAUGAGUGGAUUGCGGUGAAAUCGAGCCACAUGAUGAUUGCCCGCCGGCCGGACUGUGAUGCGAACGUUACGGAGCUGCCGGUGCUGGAGCCGGUGGCGGCCGCCACGCUGCUCACGACGAGCGGGCUGGGCGCCGACGCUUCCACGCCCGCCAAUGGGGCGAGGAGUGAUCGGCACGAGCCCAGCGAUGGUGGGCGGCGGCCGCAUGGUACCACGACUGUGCCGACGUUCGCGUAAGUAACACCGCAGGCAGGUCGCUAAUCCUUCCGCCCCCUCCCGGGAAAGCAGAUGCUUGACGCCCUUAAAACCCCACUAAACCCAAAUCAUCAUCCCGAUCGGUUACCUCGGCAGCUUCUUGCUCAUCUUUGUCAUCGGAUUUGUCAUCGGAAUCACACGUUUAAUGACGAUUUUACGCUUUCGCUUUAAGCAUUACACUACGACUUUUGCAGGACCAGGACAAAGAGACGCUGAUCGAAGCGUGAGCGAUAGAGCGCAGACGACGAACUCCUUUUUGAGCGGUACGGUCUUCCUCUUUGCUUCGGGAACGCACGAAAUCGAUUUUCCAAUCUUCACGCAAACUUCAUUUUGUGGCUCCUGUUUAGAGCCGAUUGUGUGACGUAAAUGGUACAAUCUAAUUGAUGGUCUCCAUCAAAGAUUCGCUCGCUGUGGCCACCAUCGAGAUCGUUUCGGGGCCAACAAGGAAGGACAGCAGGCACGCGUUGCGUUUGCGUGAUUGAAAAGUGAGAUUACUCCGUUGAUUGGAUUGAGGUCGGCAAAGUAUGUUUCGUUUCGCACUCCUUCCUUUUUUUUUUGCUGUUGAUGUUGCCCGACCGGGCAAAGCCUCCGGUCCAAACGCACGAACACGAAUCUAUUCGUAGCAUUCAUCAACGUCAACGUGCAGGAAAUUUGGUAAAAUGUUUCACUUUCACUGUUUUCUUUAUUUAUCGUGGGGUUUUUUUUUCUUGCUUUCGGGUAAAAGUUUUUUCUCUUCUCUUCCACUCUUGCAACACCUUUUCUUUCCGCCGGAACGAUCCGUUUCCGUGCGCUCGAACAAAGAGGAUUUAACGCCUCCGUGACUAUCAAGAUCUUGGGUAGUAGCGAACGGCGAUGGCCACGUGAUAGGGACCGCCGCAUCGAUUUGAUUGGCGGCCAGUAAAGUGAACUUCAAAUUACCGAACAUCAACGGAAAAUGGUGAAAGCAAACCGCGCUUCACACGCGCUUCGGUACAUUGUCUUUCCCCAUCCUGCGAAAAGAUCCUCCGAGCAUCGGUGGAAAAGUAAAAGUGCUCGGGCGGAGCAACCAUCCUAUAAGCGGACGCAGGCUUGUGUGUCCAAGCGUUGAGGAAAGCGUAAAAGCACGAGGUAAUGGAGCACAAGCCUCCUAGCGUUCGGGAUGCAUUAAAAGUUUCCUGUCUGGGGCAGAAGCGAACCCGGAAAAGCCCAUUUAUUACUUUUUCCCAAUUUUUCGCACCUAGCCUGAGGCUACAUUUUUCACCGCUUUUUUCUGUGUGUGUGUCUAUGCGAGAAUAUUCUACCGGAUUCGCUUCGUAGCACGUUCAUCCAUAUGUUACCUACCGUCUGAAGUCCUUUUUCCUUGUUGGAGAUUCAAUUUUUUUUUUGCCUUUUAGUCUUUUCGGUCAGCAUUUUGUCGACAGUCGUGUGCAUGUGCAGCAAACGGCUAAUAAUGGCUGAAAAAUUAUACCACCAUACAUUCGGCAGCUGCAAACCCAAUUUUUAACGUUUCAACUAUUCCAGCCUCGGCAGGAAUAAAGCAAACUACCAACACAGGCCGUGCCGUAACCGGUUCCGGUUUUCCGUUACUGUCGUCACACGGAUUGCCGUUUCACAGUGAUAAAUUAUAGCGCCACCAUACCUUUUUAUCUUACAAGCCGGCACCGUCAAAAGAGAGGAAUCGUUCCCAGCUCGCUCACGGUCUUAAAUGUAAUUUGAGUUGCUUCCGCGAUGAUUUAGUUUUAUCACAGUGUAGCUGAACAGCUCUUAAGCGUAAAGCUUCGGUUUUUAGAAGACGAACGAACAACGACAUAGUCUACAUUUAGGCGCUUACGUUUUCACGUUUAACAAAAUAGUAUAAGCUGCUUGGACUCAAGCCAAACCUUUUACUAAAACAAAAAAACAACCACACAAAACAAAAUGGACCCACAAACAGAACGAUAAACCAAAUACCAAAGAAUUUACGACAAAUGAAAAUCUGACCAAUGGCAUCGAACCUUUUGCAUUGCCCUUCACAAAUGCGAACUUUAUUUUGCAUCCCUUCUGGACUAUUGUUUUUCGAACAACGUGAGCAAACAAAUCAAACAGAGAAAAGAUAAAAUUAACUCAUGAAACUAUUCAACAAUUUAUAGCAUUGUAUGGCUACUUCUGUUUUUGUAUUAUUUGCGACCUUUCCUUUAUUUAAUUUAAAUAACACCAUUAAGUCAAAGUACCCCAAAACACAUUCCCGCAUUCCCCACCUCCCUUUGUCGUAUUCCCUCAUUAGUAGCGUAUAAGUAAUGGAAGGAAGUAAAAGAAACAAAAAGCUGCACAAAAUCAGCACGAUUUGCAAACCGAAUGGAGUCGAGCGUAUGCGCGAACACAAGACAUGUAAAUAAACCAAUGACGAAUUAAAACACAAAGCAAAUCACAGACCGCUGAUGUAAAAACAAAUGCCACGCAGAAAGAAAUCAGAUGGUCGUGGAAUGUAAUUUCGCUCGAUCGAUUGAAGAAAAUUUCACAAAAAAGAGUAAAAGUAAAAACUAUCGUACCAAAUAUUGUUAGACCGGAGAGGCGGAAGUAAAAUGAGAACACAUUUCAACGUCAACGUCUCGAUUUGAUGCACUAAAGUUAUGUGUCGGGUAUAGUUGAUUUCUGCUAGCAAACUUUUAUUGGAUUCUGACUUCCAAAAAAGGUGGUUUUUCAACAGAAGAAAUAACAGGCGAAAGGAAGCUGAAUCAUUUAAAAAAAAAAGUGGCAUGAAAGCGGGACGAAUUUGAUCAGAUGAAAUGAAAGUACAUUGAAAUGAUUUCACCUAGGCGUAAAUAAUUAA